UUGAACUGCAUGUGUACGCGGAUAUUGUUACAAUCAAUGCUGAAGGCAGAAGCUCAGCUCUCAGCUGCUUGCAGUCUUGCUUGGUCCUACGCUGAGGACGCUGAACUGGCGGCUGCAACUGCGAUAAACUUUUUCUUUUUCGCUUUCCGUUUGUUGAAGAUGACCUAACUUCGAAAGAGCCUCUGCUAGCCAGAGAUUGGCUGACAUUUGAGAGACCUACCUCCACCACCUUCACAAGUACUGCUCUUCAAAUGGGAAAUCUUCCUCUGCUUUUUGCCCAAAUGCACUGUCUGCCCUCUGCUCUCGUAUAAGAUGGCUGCCUGUGGCCUUUUUCUGCACCUGAACAGACUGGAGCAGAGCUACUUGCUACCAUGGUGAUUGUUUUCUCACAAACACUGGAAAAGAAGAAGGCUGCCAAUGAUGUAACGUCCAAGAGCAUCGAGCGACGGCUGUGUGAGGUCCCCACCAUGAGCAGAGGGACCACCCUCCUCUCCCGUGGAACCGUAGAGGCAGAUAGAUGGUUGGAUAUGGGGCGAAGCUGUGCCAUCCAGCAGAGAGCUCCAUGCCAGUCUGGUACUCCUCUAUGGGAUGUGACGCCUGAUCACAACAGCCACUGUGCCAAGGAACCAGGCAGCACCACAGCAAUCACCAGCCUGAUAAGAGAUCUGAGUCUCUGCAACAGCACUCACGCCGCAUCCGCCACUGCACACUACACCACUACGGCUACCAGCCAAACUCCUACGGCACCCCCGAGCAAACGUCAGUGUCGCUCUCUGUCACUCUCUGAAGAAUUCACUGGCUUCCGCUCAUCUUGGAGGCCCCAAGGGUCCCGAGUAUGGACAACGGUUGAGAAACGAAGGUGCCACAGUGGAGGGAGUGUCAGAGGUGGGGGAAGCCAUUUUCCCACCAUGCAGCGUAGCUCCAGCUUUAGUUUGCCCUCACACUCCAGCAUCACUUUUGAUGGAAUCCAGGACCUGCCAUUCUUCAACCAGCCGCUGCCUCUCCACCCUCAAUUCACUGCCUCUCCAGUCUCCCCUACCUCUCUUGCCACACAUCAUCACCACUCCCAAAAUCACGUCUUCCUCAGGCCUCUCUCACUUUCCCAUGAGCAGAUCAGCCUGCCAGAACACCAGAGGGAAGAGGCAUCGGAGACCAGCUCUUCAGACUCCACCCCAGAGCUGGGGAGACGAGCUAGCCAGAGAGCCAGGGGAAAGGGGUGUUUGUCUCGGAGCAGGUCUCAGCCCUGUGUACUAAAUGAGAAAAAGGUCGGCAUGAAGCGCAGGAGACCAGAAGAUGCUCAGGAGCAGCGGCCCUCCCUGGACCUGACAAAGAUGACUCAGACUUUACAAAGCUUAAGCUGCCCUGGAUUUUCAUCUAGCGACAACUGCCAGUCAGUCUUGUCCCCGCCCACCUUGGACUUAAUCGACCAACCGGAUUCAGACUUCACAGGCGUGUCUGAGCUGGGACUAGAGUCAUGGCAGGAAGUGAUAGGAGAUGACGAGGAAGAAGAUUCAUCUUACGAGGAUAGCGACUCCGCUUGUAGUGUGGACUCACGGCCUGGGUCUCCUGUAGGCAUCGAAGAUGGUAAACGCACCCUCUGGAAGGGUGACUGUGGGACACAGAGGGACAUUUUUCAGCUUGGGGGAGAGCUGGAUCUUGAACAGAUCGAAAGAAACUAAACUUUGCAUCAACGAUUUUAAGACUGCGUCUGGACUGUUAUGGAGAAAUGACUAUUAAGAUAAAUAUGAGGAAAAAUAAUAGCUAAUUUUGUAAGGGAAAGGCUUUGAAAAGACAAGGAUGGUGAUACAUAUGAUGAAGCAUUGCAUAUGUUGCUAAUGGCUGGCUUCUUUAAUGACACCUUUGCCUUGAACAUUCUUACUGUUUGUUUAAAAAGCAGUAACCUUAGUUUGUUUUGUGUUGGGUUUUUUUUGUUUUGUUUUUUUUUUGUUUUGUUUUUUUUGGGUGUUUUUUUGGAUCAGAUAUUCAGCUUAACUCAGGAGUGGGAAAUUGAGGGUUUGUCUUAAAUAAGUGUCUCAGCCCCCCGCUGUCUUUUAACCUGAUGACCUUUCCAAAGUCAGCUAACCUUAAGUUUGUAGUACUGUAGCAGUAGCUGGGCUCUCUUAUAUUUAGCUCAAAUUUGUUUUUCCAGAGAAAGUGGAGGGCAUCAACAAUGGGGUGACACAGAAAGAGGCAAAGACAGACUUACCCUUGGCCUUCCUCUUCAUCUUUUGUGCACACGUGAAAAUCUGAUUUGUUUUUUUUGCUGAAUGUAGGCUCAAUAAGCUUUAUGUGGAGUUCAGAAAAUGUAAAGUGCCUUCUUCUGGAUGCUUGCUGUCUCAGUUCUCUUCAAGAAACUUGCCUCAAUCGAAGCCACCUUUUCUGACCCAAAUAGACAAAUUGUAUUUUUUGAAUUAAACACUGAAUCUCAAAUUGUCAGUUCUAACAUCAGUGUAUAUUUUUCUAAGUAACAGGUUGUUUUUUUUUAAUGAGCUGUUUGUGCAGGAUUAAGAAUAUAAGGUCUUUGUUCUAUAAGAAUGAAUAUGAAAUAAACGUACAUCCUGCACUCACUUGUCUGGUUUAAUUUGAGUUUGUAAUUUUGCAAUGAUUGCUCAGUGGUAAUCAAGAUUUCUGUAAAAGAUAGCUUUCACCCAGACAGAUCAAAAGUCUGAACACGCUGCAAAGUUUCCAGAUAAUCUUUAGAAGCCAUACCCACACGCAGUCGUUUCCUGCAUAACAUUUCAGAGCCAUUUCAUUGAAGCUCACUCAGCUUGUAUUGUUUUGAAUACCCGCAGGUACAUAACAUGAUUAUGCACCAAAUCGUUUCUCUGUAAAAAAAUUUUCUCUGUACAGUGGCUACCUAGGCUAUUGAAGAAUACAGCAAGUUGGGUUUAAAAACAAAACAAAGAAAAUUAUAUUGGUUGUGUGCAGUUCCCAGACAAAAUGGCAGGAUAUCUAGCAAUGGAAUAUUCCUGUCCAGUAACCCUGCACUGGACAGAGGAGGUGAUGUCAGGAGAAAAUGUGUGGGGAGCCAGACAUGUAGACCGGACAGGGUUCUUCCACUCUGGGAUUUCCUAUCAUUUCUGUCCAAGCUUCUGAAAUAAGCUCACAGCACCGUCACCUUAAUAAGACUUGCCUCCAUUUAAUCUAUUAAGAUUAAAUUUGAGUCUUGUCUCAUCAUCAUCAUUGUUAUUGGCCACGAGGGAGGCUGAUUGCUGAAAUUAAGUGAUAGGACAGAUUGGUUUUCCGGCAUGGGGAGGAAGGCACUCAGUCCAAAACUGUUUAUGCUGAAAACAGGAUGUUGGAGUCACUUGCAGCCUUUCCUUCAAUGAUGGCCUUGAAGGAAGGUGAACUCCGACAUCUCAGCGCUUAGGUGUUGGCUUACAUAAACAUGCACCCAAACAUGUACACUUAUUCAAAGGCCCUGAAAUGGAUACUGAAUGUGCUAUGUUUGUAUACACAGAAAACCAGUCACCUGGCCUGGAAAACUGGAUUAGCCAUUGCUUCUCUUUCGUUCCCAGUGGAUCGGUCCAUCUGAUGUUGGAAGAAUAAGGAUUUGCAGAUGAGAAGAAGGUCACAUGGCUCAGAUUUUGAACAUGGCACAUGAGAAGAAACGCACGAUGUCUGAAAGUUCACACUUCAAUGGUGAACUGGACACAAAAGACUGGAAACAUAAAAUCAUGUUGCUAUCAACAGUAGUCUGGUUACUCGUUGCUCCCAGAGGUCAGUAAACCACACGCACAUACGCAGAAAACACACACACAUAUUUCCUCUUUGGCAGGAAGUGGCAUGCUAAGCGGGGGAGAGAGUUAAUAUCUGAGGUAAAAGCACUAUAAAUAGGGAGCAUUGUAGUUAUGGUUGCCAAAUGUAGACUUUGGAGAGAGGGAGACAGGAAAGGCCACGUUAGACAAAUUUACAGCGCCCUGGACUGAUCGACCUACAUUACAUGUGAGAAGACAUUGGCUGCAUUUUCAGAAAAAGCUUCACUUAAACACUGUCAGCAAAAUGACUUCAACUGUCCUUUGAGAACUACAGAGGAGGGGAGAUUAAUGACAUCAGAUUUUCAUCAGCCUUUUCAAGUGUAAUCUAGUGUUUGCGUCCAGAUGGGUGGGAGUCGUACUUGCACUUCAGCAUUAAAGGAUACUGAAUUGCUUGAUGCCUCAAAAUCUCCUUCGGUUAUGCUCGUCUGUGGCUGUAUACUUGAAGCAGAGGCUGCUUGUUUUGUUAAAAAUGGCUUUGUCAAGAAUAGCAACAGGGAAACAGAUGAAGUAAGAGUUGAGCAAAAAAUAGCAUUAAUAUGUAUAAAAAAAUACACUCAAGCAAGAGAAGUGGUUUGUUUUUUGAGUGUCACUGUGUCUCCCAUUGUAAUUAUGCCAUUCCUGUGUAAAUGACUGUCUGAAAUCUUUGUGGCACAGUUUCAACAAGGUCUUGGAAACAUUCCUCAGUGACUUUGAACCAUAUUGACAUGAUAGCAUCAGAAAACUACUCAAGAUUUGUUGGCUGCUCGUUCAAAAUAUGAAUCCACAAUAUCCCAAAGGUGCUUUGUCAUUCUGUUAGAUUGAGAUCUGGUGGCUGUGGAGACCAUCUGAGUACAGUGUGAUGUUGAAGGAAAGCACUUUGAGAUGAUUUGAGCUUUGUGAUGUUACGUAUUGUCUUGCUGUAAGCAGCCAUCAGAAGAUGGGCACACUAUGGUGAUACUCAGGUAGACUCAGUUGGUACUAAGGAGCUCUAAGUAUGCCAAAAAAUAUUCCCCACACUAUUACACCAUUGGGAGGACGAGCCAAAAUGGCAAAAUGGGCCAUGCUUUUAUGUUGUUUACCACAAAUUCUGAGGACAGGUCUCAGGGUAACUGGUCUUCUGCUAGUGUAGCCCAUCUACUUCAGGGUUUGAUGUAUUGUUAAUCCAGAUGUGUUAGCCCUGAGAACUGGCGCUCACUGCAUAUUUUCACUGUUUCACACAAUUCCAGAUAGGUUGUGUAAGAAAUUCCCAGUAGAUCAGCAGUUUCGGAAACAUUCGGUCUAGUAAGCAAUCAUGUCACAUUUACAGCUGCUUAAAUCAGCGUCUUGAUGAUGCCUACGUGCCUAAAAAUGCUGGGUUGCUGACUUGUGAUUGGCUGAUUAGAUAAUUGCAUUAACACGUGGGUCAACAGGUGUACCUAAUGAAGUGGCCAGCUAGUGUACAUCAUUUCUGGUUUUAGCAUUUACACUGUUUUACUAUAUACACCAUAAACCACAAAAACCCACAAACUUUUGUGGGUUAACAUUCAGGUAGUAAAUGCAAAAUAAGUGAACAUCAAUAAAAAUGUUUAAACAUUUAAAAUAACGAUGAUUGUAUUUAGAAUACAAAAUGCACUGGCAGUUGUAUUGACAUCAGUACUAUUGCUUCCAGGCCUUUUAUUACUUCACAUUGAAUCAAACUUUGUUAAUAAGCACACAGUGUGUGUUACGUGUAAGGGAAAAGAAGAGAAAGGCUUCAGUUAAAACCAAAGUCAUAAUUAUGUAAAGGUAGCUCCCAAACGGGCAUUCCCACCUCGUUGUCCAUGAGAGAAAAAUGCUGACAGCUGCACCUUCUGUUUAUUGACGCUACAUUUGGACAAAUGAAUCAUCCUGCUUUUACCUGCAUCUACAUGUGUGCUUGGAAGUGCUUUGGCAGACACCUAGUUAGACAGGUGGCUGGGAGUGUCAUAUGUCAGUGACUGUCUAGUUCUCCUCACAGAGGUGAUAAAGUGCAACCCAACACGUCGUCACCAUGGUUCCCAUGAACACAGUCCCAUCCCUUCCCCCUCUCAGUGUGAUUUACAUCUUCAUAGUAUCCUGUAAUGACUGGUUUUCUUAUACACCAGCCCCAAGAGCACCUGAAAAUCCCUGCUGCACAAGCUGUAGAUAUCUCAGAUCCAAUAAUGAGCUGACUUUCAAUAAGCUUCAUGAGUACAAAAAUAAUAACAAUUAAAGUUAAUGUGCUUAUAAAAUAAAGUGAAAGAUUAUUGGCUGCCUGAUUUGCCUUUUCCAGCAGCCCUAUUAAUCAAUAGACAUUUAUGUUCUUAACACAAAAACCAAUAAAAAGCAGCUAUAAACACUUUAGGCCAUUUGAGUACUAUUUGUCAUCAACUUCAGAAAUCAUUUGAAUUAAAGUAAGAAGUUAUGUUGUUACUUGGAAGGUAUGGAAUGACAGAAUAAUUGUAUCAUCUGCACAGUACCUGACCAAAAGAAAAAAAAAAAAAAACAACCAGGAAAACCCAGACUUAAUUUUGUUACACUGCUCAUAACGACUGCACAGUUUAUGGGAAGCAGAUGGUAAUAUUGUUUGGUGUUGAUGUCCUUUGUGGUAUUCCCAGCAGCUCGUUCAAAUAUUCAAAUCAAGUGCUUUUCAAAGGCAAUGAUCAAUGCUGCCAGCUCUCCCUGUUAUAAGAAAAAAAAAAGUGCCACAGGGCCACAGACUGACAGCAGACUUUGACAACACGUGCACUGCCAAGCAUUUAUUCCAUUUUGGAAACAUGUUGCCAUGCCACCCAAACAUUUCCAGUUCUACAUGUGAUGCAACCAAGCAUGUGUUUUAGAGAAAAUGAGAGAGAUGAAAGUGGGAGAAGGGCAUUUUACUCAGUGGAAAGACGUGUGCUGAGUGAGAGGAAACACAUGCUCCUUUUUUCCUUUUUUUUUUUUUUUUUUUUAAAAGGGUAGUACACACAGGAGACUGGCUGUUGACUUGCUAUAUACACAAUGAUGACUGAAUACCAAACAAUGGGAGACUGAAAUAGGCAUGUUUUUGCAGCGGCUAGUCCUCCUCCAUCCAUCACACCGGUUACAUCUGGGUCAGCGAGUGCUGCCUGGAUUGACUUUCCCCCUGCUGUACAUCCAGAAUGGCUGCUUCUCAUGAAUCAAGACAAAAUAUUAGCCAUGUGCUGGAAAUUUAAGUCAGUGAAUAUCUGGAGAAAAUGUGCUUUGGUCUGUCUGUCAACAAGCAAUAAAUACGUCCUUGCCCUUUCACAACAGCUCAGUUUAUAUGUGGCAACAACAUUUUCUACGAAACUGUAACACACUGUGCAUAGGGUUAAAUCCCUAGAUCAUGCAAAAGCACUGCACACAGAUUUGUCAUUACUGUAUGAAAGUCUUGAUUUAUAAUCUGGCUUCAGGUCCUCAGAGGACGCUGCCCUGUCAGUUUGACUCGCUGAUGUUUGUUUUGCAUCUCCAGUUGGCAAAAUGACUGACCAGAGCAGACAGGGUUGACUCAGGACUUGCCACUUGGUCUGCAAUCAAACUGAAAUCAGCGAUUACUCAGGGGUGACUAUGAGAAACAGCUUCGGGAGCAAGAAGACAGUCAACACAGCUGCUGCUUGGCUGUUCACCUUUGACCAUGGGCAUAAAUGUAGAUAGCAGUGGAUGAUAGCACGGAGGUGUCAUGCUCACACUGCCUGAACUUUUGUAACCACCACCUGCUGUGAUAUUGGAUGUAAAAUGACCCCCUGGGUUUGAAAACAUCUUUACUGUACACAUUUGUAAGGCAAUAUUAUAGUUUAUAGUACAUAGUAAUCACUGCGUAAUAAAGUGUAUGGUUAGGAAUGAGUGGCCUUGAGUCCUUACAUAGUUAAGCUGCAGUAGGCCUAAGCUGCUGGGGGAUUCCCAUGAUGGUGUUUCUUCUUCACUCACGUUUUCUCACUCUCUACAUGUUUAUACACCCCUUUACAUUUAAUCAUUAGUUAUUAUUAAUCUGUAGCUUUCUUCCACAGCUUGUCUUUCUUUUCUUCCUGUUAAAAGAGUUUUUCAUUCCCACUAUUGCCAACUGCUCAAAGGUGAUUGUCUGAUUGUUUUGGUAUUCUCUGUAUUACUGUGGGGCCUUUACCUUACAAUAAAAAGCACCUUGAGAAGACUGCUGUUAUGAUGUGUCACUUUAUAAGUAUAAUUGAACUGAACCAAACUGAAUUAAAAAUAUCAUAGUGUAAAUGUUUAAAUGGGAAGUAAAAAUAUGAGAGAGA